ACGCAGAAUGUGCGCGACUCGCCUAUCAACAUGCGGGAUGGAUGUGUUGACUGUUACCAACGUGUGUAGUGAGAAAUAAGGCAUUUUCAUCAAAACUGCGACCAACACAUUGAGGCUUUGGUAUAACGCGUGAACACGAUGGCCAGCAGAAAUCUUCAGUUCAAGACAAAUUAUGUCGUUUCCAGCAAGAUUGAACCGUUUUACAAAGGAGGGAAAGUGCAGAUCAGCAAAGAUGAAAAGUACAUCUUUUGCACUUGUGGUUCCCGCGUGAAUGUUUUGGAGAUCAGCACGGGGAAGGUCAUCCACUGCGUUGAACAUGAUGACCAAGAGGACAUCACCUCUUUCGCCCUCAGCUGUGAUGACGAGCUGCUGGUAACAGCCAGUAGAGCGCUGCUGCUGAAGCAGUGGGACUGGAAGCAAGCUCAGUGUACUCGCUCAUGGAGGGCCAUUCACACAGUCCCUGUGGCCAGUAUGACUUUUGACUCCACCUCCACCCUCCUGGCCACAGGUGGCUGUGAUGGCACUAUAAAGAUGUGGGACGUGGUGAAGCAGUACUGCACCCACAACCUUAAAGGCUCGUCUGGAGUUGUACACCUGGUGCAGUUCCACCCGGACAUCAGCCGACUGCAGCUCUUCUCCUCCUCUCUGGACUGUGGCAUUCGGCUGUGGGACCUGCGCUCCAGUCAGUGUAUGUGCGUGCUGCAGAGCCACUACAGCGCCGUCACCGCCCUCAGCUUCAGCCCCACCGGAGACACCAUGAUCAGUUCUGGCAGAGAUAAGAUUUGCACAGUGUGGGACCUGAAGACCAAUAAAGCCAAGAGAACUGUUCCGGUUUAUGAGGCUGUGGAGGGUGUCAUGCUUCUGCCGGAGAACGAGGACUUCUCUGAGAUUGGAGUGAAAAACAACGACUUGCAUUUCAUCACAGCUGGCAGCAAAGGAGUCUUGAGAGUGUGGGAGGCCAGCACGGCACGAUGCGUCUACACCCAGACCCUGUCCUCCACCCUCAGCGCUGUAUCUGAGGAGGAGGAGAAGGAAGAGAAGGACGACGACCCUCGUAGUUUAACGUACCUCCUUCACUUGCCCGACUCCUCACGAUUGGCCACGGUCACCGCAGAGCACAACAUCGUGCUCUACCAGCUGCCCGCUCUCAGCACACAGCAGCAGUUUGUAGGUUACAGCGACGAGGUGCUCGAUGUGAAGUUUCUGGGUAAAGAUGACAGCCACAUCGUGGUGGCCACCAACAGCUGCCAGCUGAAGGUGUUUGAGCUGCUCACCAACAACUGCCAGAUCCUGUAUGGACACACAGAUACUGUCCUCUCAUUGGACGUCUUCAAAAAGGGUUUUCUCUUUGCGAGCUGUGCCAAGGACCGGUCAGUGCGUGUGUGGCGGAUGGACAGCGACAGCGCUCAGGUGACCUGUGUGGCUCACGGCUCCAGCCACUCUAACGCUGUGGGCUCCAUCACCUGCUCCAGGCUGAAAGCAUCUUUCAUAGUGUCGGGCAGUCAGGACUGUACGGUGAAGGUGUGGGAUCUGCCAGAGGACUUGUCUACAACAGGUGCAGAAAUACAUCAGCUGACCGCCCGCGCCACGGAGAAGGCACACGAUAAGGAUGUAAACAGCGUCGCAGUGUCGCCCAAUGACAAGCUGCUGGCCUCGGGCUCACAGGACCGCACGGCCAAGCUGUGGUCGCUGACGGGGGAGGGGACCGUGGACCUGCUCGGGGUGUUCAGAGGCCAUCGUCGAGGCGUCUGGGCCGUCUGCUUCUCUCCCGUCGACCAGGUGUUGGCCACUUCCUCUGCUGAUGGCACCUCCAAACUGUGGGGCCUGCAGGACUUCAGCUGCCUCAAGACAUUCGAGGGUCAUGACGCGUCCGUUUUGAAGGUCAUCUUUGUGAGCCGAGGCACUCAGCUCCUCACCAGCGGCUCUGACGGUUUAGUGAAGCUGUGGACCAUAAAGACCAACGAAUGCGUGAAGACGCUGGACGCCCACCAGGACAAAGUGUGGGGUCUCCACGGCAACCGCAAAGACGACAAGAUGGUGACCGCCUCUGCAGACUCCAACAUCACCGUGUGGCUGGAUGUGACUGAAGUGGAGCUGGCGGAGGAGCAGGCUAAGCAGGAGGAUCAGAUACUCAAGCAGCAGGAGUUGUCCAACCUGCUCCAUGAGAAGAAAUAUCUGAAAGCUCUGGGUCUGGCCAUCUCGCUGGACCAGCCUCACACGGUGCUCACUGUGAUCAAAGCGAUCCGUCAAGUGGAGGGCAGCCAUGAGCUGUUGGAGAAGACGUUGCUAAAACUUCGAGUGGAUCAGAAAGAGUCGCUGCUGCGUUACUGCGUGGUGUGGAACACAAACGCCAGAAACUGUCAGGAUGCCCAGGCCGUCCUGCAGGUGCUCUUCACACACCUGCCGCCUGAGGAGCUGCUGCAGUACCAGGGCGCCCGAGCGCAUCUGGAGGGACUCAUCCCAUACACAGAGAGACACAUGCAGAGGAUCGGCAAACUGCUGCAGACGUCCAUGUUCCUGAACUACAUGUGGCAGAAGAUGAGAGUGGCCGGAGCUCCGUCCAGCAUGGACCAGGAUGAAGAAAUGGACACCACUCCCCUUGCACAGCCUUUCUUUACGAUCGAUAAGGAGAAAGGAACAGGCAGCGGCGAUGAGGAGAAACAAGAUGGAGAUGACAGUGGUGGGGAAGAAGAUGAAAAUUGCCCAGGGAAGGAGGAGGAAGAAGAUGACGAGGUCAGUGUCACAAAGAAAGCGUCCUCCAACGACAGGCGAGUAGAAAACGGAGAGAGCACCAAAACAAACGGGAACCAUCACUCUGAAAGUGAGGAGAGCUCAGAUGAGGAAGAAGAGGAGACGGAUCAAACCGUGAAAGAGAUGAAAUGUCUCCCAGUUUCUGCAGCAGCACAAUGCCAGACCAUCCUGAGCUGACAGAGAUCAUCAAGCUCAUCACAAGAUGACAAAAGAAACCCUGGAGGUCGUCUUAUCUGGGACCAUUAGCUGGAGCAGCGCUUAAAGUGUGACGACAAAAGAAAGAGACAGAGCAACAGGUGUGGAAUGAUAAUGAUACAGAUGAAGGGUCUCUCUGAGGAGUACAAAAGACUUCACCCCCCCCCCCCCCCCCGGGCCA